AUGCAACAAUCCUUUCGUCAGACUCAGACUAUAAAUCUGUCUGGAAAUAUCAUUAGUCUGAAUCUCCAGAUCGAAAUAGCAGGCAAUGGAAAUCAAAGGAGCGAGCAUGAGGGGCUUGCUGGUGCAGGAAAAGUGUAUGUCGAGAAGGGCUUAGCCUCAGCGGAGAACGAAGAGGCUUUUCAUCUGCCGAAACACAAUCACGGGGGGCAUGAGGAAGAGUCCAUAGCCAAGCUGAAGGAACGGCUGCGACUUACAGAGUUGGGCUGCUCGAGACUUCAAGCGCAGUACCAAAUGUACAGAUUGCGUUGGCUAGAGGAAUAUUAUCGAGCAAGAAUUUUAGAAGAAUAUGUACCGACUGGAAUCGACACAUGCUCUCCUCAUCAGAUUGAGUGGGACGCCCCUUCUCCCAUUCAAAGUGAUGACGAGUUUGAAGAUAUAACAGGAGAAAACAUACCGUAG